CACUGAGAUAGGGUUAAUAAAAAGGACACACAGCUACAGGGUAAACUAGGUUAAACCGCUACUGUAUAAAUAUAUCGAUCGUCGCAAGGUUUCUUGUUUUCUCAUUUCUAUAAAGUAUAACAAGGAGUAUUUAUCAAAAUAAAGGAGAAAAACAUUGACAUGUUGGAGUUUCUGGUUCCUGGUUCCAUUACGAGCACGUGUAUUGUCGGUCUGGUUGCCGGGCUCAUCGUGUAUUGGGCGAUACAAAAGUGGAAGUACAAGUAUCCACCAGGACCCACUGGACUCCCUCUCCUAGGAAAUGCAUUGCAAAUCGACCAGUCUAAGCUGCACGAACAAGCGUUUGAAUGGUCAAAGAAAUACGGACCCGUGAUAACUAUCGGCACAGGUCCUAUUCCAGUUGUCAUUGUGAAUACAAUAGAAACUGCAAUGGAAGUACUUGUGAAAAGGUCAACAGAUUUUGCUGGACGGCAACUUGUACCUUCUCUUGAUGUACUAACAUACGGAGGGAAGGACAUUGCCGUGGCCAGCUAUAGCCCAGCAUGGAAACUUCACAGGAAAAUUUCAGCAAAAGCUUUACGUCAUUACAUGCAAGGUGAUGCUUUACAAAAUCGAGUUCAUGAUGCAGUCGAAACAGCCUUUUUUGAGAUUGACCAACUAUCUGGAGAGUUCGAUCCGUCAGAAUAUAUCACCUUUAUAGUUGGAAAUAUACUCACAGGACUUUGUUUCGGAGGAAAGUACAAUUUCAAGGAUAAAGAGGUGAAAUAUAUAAUUGAGAAGGAAGAGAAUAUGUUAAAAGAGCUUGGGAUAGGGGCAUUAGAAGAUUUCAUUCCAGGACUAAAAUAUGUCUACAAGUCCAACACGUUCAAGAAUGUGGAAAAAUUCGUGAAAGACGUGCCCGAUGGUUAUAUCACUAACAAACUGAGAGAGGCUGAGAAAACAUUUGAUAAAGACAACGUCCGUCAUUUCACAGACACUCUUAUCCUAGCUCGUAUGGAAGCUGGUGAAGAAGAAGGUGCGGAAAUAUUGAAAUCACUAACUGACCAACACCUGGUGCAGACGCUAUCCGAUAUUUUCUUUGCUGGAACAGACACGUCAAAAUCUACUCUGAAAGGUGCGAUUCUACACAUGGUCGCCUUUCCCGACAUACAAGACAAGGUGCAAGAAGAAAUUGACAGAGCUGUUGGCAGGGAGAGACUUCCUGGCAUUAAUGACCGGCCUAAUCUUAGUUACACGGAAGCUGUAUUGCAUGAAAGUAUGCGUGUGGGAUCAGUAGUUCCAUUAGGAGUACCACAUAUGACCAUUUGUGACACUGAAAUUGCUGGGUACAGGAUACCUAAGGGAACAACAGUUAUAGUCAAUCACUGGGCCCUACACCAUGACCCAGACGCUUGGGACGAUGUUGAUCGAUUCAUUCCUGAACGUUAUUUAGACGAGAAUGGAAAACUUGGACCUAAACCAAAGAACUGGUUGCCAUUUUCAGCGGGAAAGAGAGCAUGUCUUGGAGAAUUCGUAGCUAAACCGGAGCUGCAUUUGCUCUUUGCCUGCUUAAUGCAGCGUUACAAGUGGAGAAUGAUAUCUGGAAAAUGCCCAGAUUUGACAGAAGUUGGCGGAAUAAAUGGUCUCAGCUACAAAUCUUAUAAGGUCAUCGUAGAAAAAAGAAUUUGAUAUAAAACAGAAGAAAGAGGCUUAAAUACAUUGCAAUGUGCUUAAAUCUUUUUCAAGUGAGGGGAGGGGGGAAGGGUCGCAAUGAACUUUAUCUAAACAACAAAGAUGGCGGCACUACACGAAAACGUGAGUUUUUCCAAAAUAAUGUGCUUUUCUUAAACAUUUAAAAAACAAACUGGAGAAGAACACCUGGUUAUAAACCUACUAUUUACUUUUUGGAACAUACCAGUGUUUGUGUCUACGCAAAAGCUUUUGUAGUUUUCCGGGAAUGCUGGUUACGAGUUUCGAUUCGAAGGAAAAUGUAACUAAAAUAAAAAGACAAGGUUCAUGGCAUUUUGCUUAGAUAGUACUUUUCUCGAAAUAUUCACGACUAUAAACACAUUUAUCAUAUACUACAGGUUUCUUGUUUUUAUAUAUACACGCACAGCUAUCUGUCUGCUGCUAAUGAACUUCUAAAUUUCGUCAAAAUUAUUUUAUUUUUCAUGGUAAGGGUCAGUGCCCAAAAUCAAUUGGUAAAUAUCAGUGCUUUAAAAACACAUUAAUGUAGGGUUUCAAAAUGAGAGAAAAUUGAAUACCCUUAGUCUUUCUGCUGUUUCGUACUCCAGUAAUUCUUUAAUCAGUUACCUCCUGAAACGAGAAAAUUUAAAUUCUUAAAAUGACGUGUUUGUAAAGCACUGAUCUUGCUUAUUGAUUUUGGGUACUGAACCUUACCAUGAAAAUUAAAAUUGAGCUUUUGACUAAAGUUUAAAAGUAAAGAGCGGGCGCAGUGGUCAAAUUGUAACACAGUUUGAGGAUUUCUGAGAGAGACGGUUAUAAUAUUAUCUUUGUGUUCAUGCCUCAUCUCCCUUAGCACGUUAGGCCUGAUCUGAUCUGGUGCUGCAGCUUUGUUGGUUUAAAGAUUAGCAAGAAGCUUUACAACACUAGAUUUGCUGAUAGAGAUAUUAGGCAUGAAGGUGCAAAGCAUUUAAGUAUGCAUGUUUGUUUAAAUGAAAGCUAGAAGUUUCUAUUGAAAACUGUUAGUUUUGAGACACCUGAUGUUUGAUCGUUGAUGGGGGAGACAGUUUGUGAGUCUUUUUAGGAGGUUAUAAUAAGUGUAUGUAACUUUUAUAGGAAAAAUUACUUUUGUGUCUUUGACAUCAGAAUCAGCGAUAUACAGUAUGUUGUUUACUAGAUGUGAAAUGUUAAAGAGUGUUUAGGUUUAGUUCUUAUGGGACCUUUUAUAUUCUUACAUUUACUCCACUGCUCGAGUAUGGGUUUGAUUUACUUUACUUUUGGUUCAUGGUAUCUCUUUUAUAUAUCGACUUUGGUGUUUCCUUAGGUACCCUGGUUGCCAGCUUUCUUCAGUGGUACGUAAUUAAGUGCUACGGCUUGUUCUUUUUAACUAGUCCAAUAAGUCUUCAACGGAAAGAAAGUCAGAGUUUUGUAAUAUUUCUUCGCUGGGUCUUGCAUGCAGUUCUUAAACUCAGUAGCGGUGACAAGUUCUGAAUGUUUUGUUUGAGGUCAGUUGGUCUUGCAUUGAAAUAUAUAUAAGAAUAUAUACUUAUUUCAACUUUGUUAAUUUAAUAUGAGCAAAGGGUCAAGAAUACUUUGAUUUCUGGUAUAUCUAGUUACCAUCUGUGUCAGGCUGUGAUUGAGAAGGAUACGGACAAGAUCUAGAGAUUUUGCAACAUCUAUGAGUCUAUGUCUGAUUCAUGUGGCCUGUAGUAUGGUGCUUUGUACAUAGGUUUAAUGCCUUUAAUUUCUAGCUUAAUCCAUCUGAUGUUAUAGUCUGUGUUUAGUGUAAGUUAUUCAGAUUAUAAUGAGCUGUUUCCGACAGGAAAAAAUGCCUCACAUUCUUCGCCAAUUGAUCUAUCUCUGUGAACGACUGAGCAUCCAAGUAUUGGUGUCAAACUUGUGAAGUGUUCUUAUUUAAGUGUUGGUGAAAAACUUCAUUCAUUACGUGUUUCUUUUUGAGCAAAGACUCUAAAGCACUAACUAUGUCAAGGGUGUGAGUUUGGAUGCGGUUUUGAAAUUCAUGUUCUUUUACAGUUAAUUUACAUUGUUCUAAAUACAUAAUGCUAGAUCUAGUAGUUAAAAUAACUAUUUAUAUCUUAUUUUCGUAACAUUUUUUUUUCAAAGUAAGGAGUAAUGUACAUAAAUCAGCAAGAUUUGUUUUCGCUUAAUUCGUAAGCUGCAAUGAUGGAAUCCCACAGGCCGCUGCUUUUGGAACUGUCGUAGAAGAUUGACCAUUAAUUCUUAGACAUUGUCAAGGAGUCACACUUAUUUAAUCUCUGUACGUAUUUUGUUAAUAUUAUCAAAAUAUGCAUAAAGGCACUCUUUUGAAACCUUUUUCGGCAAAUGACCGUAGCAAGCAUAGUUAUUCAAGCUAUCCGUAUGACACGCGGCAUUCUCUCAGCUAGAUAUCGAACAAGUAUCAUUUUGUAAAAUAGUUUUAGAUACUUACUUUAAAUGGAAAACAAAUCAUUCUCAAAUGAGAAAGAAUAUGUGAAAUUAACUGUGUUUAUAAUAAUAUAUAUGUAUAACAGAUAAGAAUUUAACUUUGUAUUUGUAUGCACAUUUAUACCUUUUGUUACUACACAUGCAUUAGGUGUGUACAAUUGUAAACCUCACACACACUGUGUAACUGUUUAUACACAUAAACAUGUUAGUUUUAUGUUCAGAUAGUAUAAAGUAUAAUCUGGA